CUGGCUUGACAGCUGUCACUGUACGCCGAGGUCAAGGGGAGAGAAGCAUGGCUGCGUUGUUUAGAGGGUCGCGACAUUUAUUGUUAAGGUGGAACAAGCAUGUCGACCUUGCUUUCGUGUCAGCGCGAUCGAUGGCCUCAAAAACACCAGUGGGGUUUGUUGGUUUGGGAAACAUGGGCACUCCCAUGGCCAAAAACUUGUUAAGAAAUGGUUAUCCUGUCAUUGCCACUGAUGUCUUCCCUGAGUCUUGCAAGGAGCUGCAUGACAUCGGUGCACAGGUAGUAGACUCCCCAGCAGAGGUGGCAGAGAAAGCAGACCGCAUCCUCACAAUGCUGCCCUCCAGUCCAAAUGUCAUAGAAGUCUACACUGGCCCAAAUGGCAUCCUUAAGAAGGUGAAGAAAGGAACGCUGCUGAUUGACUCCUCCACCAUCGACCCUGCUGUCUCAAGAGAGAUGGCAGCCGCCGCGGAGAAGAUGGGUGCCGUGUUCAUGGAUGCUCCAGUGUCAGGAGGGGUCGGGGCUGCCAGCAUGGCCAAACUGACGUUCAUGGUGGGUGGAUUGGAGGAGGAAUACAACGCUGCGCGGGAGCUGUUCACUUGUAUGGGAGCCAAUGUUGUCUACUGUGGACAGGUUGGCAGUGGCCAGGCAGCUAAGAUCUGCAACAACAUGCUCCUGGCCAUUGGGAUGAUUGGGACCGCAGAGACCAUGAACCUUGGCAUUAGACUGGGUUUGGACCCCAAGCUGCUGGCGAAGAUCCUCAACAUGUCCUCAGGUCGUUGCUGGUCCAGCGACACAUAUAAUCCAGUCCCCGGCGUCAUGGAGGGAGUCCCCUCUGCUAACAACUACCAAGGCGGCUUUGGAACUACACUAAUGGCCAAGGAUCUUGGUUUGGCUCAAAACACUGCGACCAACACUAAGACACCCAUCCCUCUGGGUUCCCUCGCCCACCAGAUCUUCCGAGUCAUGUGCUCCCGCGGCUACGCUAACAAGGACUUCUCAUCCGUCUUCCAAUUCCUACGUGAGGAGGAAGGACAGUGAAUGGAGGGGGAAGCACAGUUGACUGUGAUGUUACCAUACAUAAACACACACACGCACACACACACACACACUACAAUGACAAUUACACACCGACACCCCAGUGCCCCUUAUCCCACUAUGCUCAGGAGAGACUAAGGCCUUGCCCUCAGGCUCAGAUCGGCGGUCCAAUUAACAUACUGUAUGUCGGCACAUGCCCCGUUGUUGCAUUAGGCUGAAUCAUAUUUUCAAUUCACAUCUCUCUCUCUGCAUGGGGGAAAUGCUAAAACUGACCUUAGAUCAGUAUCUAGAGACAAAGCAACUCUCUUCCCAGUCUGGGCUGAGAGGCCACAGUGGAAAAUGAGAGGUAGGAUGAGGCACUGCUGGUGUUUAUGUACCAAUGCAAAUAAUACAUGGUUUUUGAGGAAGAUUGAUAAGUAAUAACUGCAUGAUUGUUAAAAGUUUAAGUACGCUUUUAUCGGGUUUGUGGUUGUUGCCUGCUGUUACCCAUAUGACUCGGACCUGUCCCUGUUAAAUGACACAGGACAGAAAAGAAAACGCAAGCUACCAUAGGGAUUGAUAUAGUGAUGGAAAUUUCAUUGAAGAGGAGUGCAGGAGAGUGCAGAGUUUAGUUUACUCUUUUUUCUACUGGUGAAAAAAAAAUAUCCCAUAAUCACAGCAGUACAUCAAAGGCAACUAAAACUGGCCACACAAAGUUCAUUUGUUACAUGUUUUUGUCAGGAGGGUGGUGUCAGUCGUUUACCUAGUAAUGACCUGAGUCAUACUGCCAGCACUUACUUUCAUUUGAUUUCAUUUUUCAGUCAUCCAGUGAACUUUUACCUUGUGGAUACACUAAUGUUACAGUAGUUUCAUGUUAAAGCAACACAUACGUCACUACUCACAGGACCGGACCACCUCUGCUUGUUAAAAUACUGUGAUAUACUGUAUAUCCGGUUAUUUUUACACUGUGUGCGUCGCAGUGCGAUGUGCCGGGCCAUUUUGAUACGGUUACAGAAUCUCUUUGAACUUACCUCUAUUCUUGACUGUCUACAGCUGCUUAUUGAGCCACCGGAGUAUUAUUUUGUGACCAACACUGUUUGAAUUUUAUACUGUUCACUACACAAGAUAUUGUUCUCACUGUCAAGCACUGUCUCUCGCCCGCAUCGACUUAAAUCAAAGUCUGUCCUCACAUUUCUCCUCUGUCUCUCUGUGUCUCUCUCUCUCUCUCAGCUUGUACAACAUCUGUGUAAAGUGUAAGCGAGGAACAGUUCCUCCCUGCUCUGAGCAUCAUGUACAUAAUGUAUAUUUCAUAUUGUUGCGUCGUACUCAAGAGGAGUCCAAAUGGGCUGUCAUUUUUUUUUUGUAGUAAAAUUCAUGAAUAGUGUCUACAGUUUGUCUUUGCUCUGUGAAACAGAUCCUCAGUCACUCUGUAGCCUAAAAUAAAAGAUUUUCAGUGAAUUUGA